AUGCAAAUUGCCACUACACAGAAAGUCGUGAAUGCGCUCUCUCCUGCCCGCCGCGUCCCCGACAUGCGCCGCGCCGCAGUCAACACUAAUGUCACUGCCAACCCGGUCAGGCCGCUGUACCAGCGGCUCCAUCGACCAACUUCUUCAAGGACAAGGCCAGCUGCUACUCCGGUGGCGGCGAAGCAAAUUAAGCCAGCACCCCGUGUGUUGGCGUCAAGGACAAUUACUACCGCUUCGGCGCCAAGGGUACCCAAGAUACUUGCUAGAGCUCGAGCUGACUAUAAGCAGAAUGCGGAUAGCAAGAUCGGUAAGACGCGUAUCCCGAGGCCUAUGAUUACGGCGGUGAAAGAGGCUAGUGUACGGAGGCAGUCAAGGCUUUGGGCGAGGAUGACAAGUGUGGUUAUUCGGCGUAAGAUUACGGUACUCGCUGCCGAGACCACUACGGAGGCGGAGGAUGAUGAGGAAGAGUUAUAUGUGGAGGCCGAGAAGCCUACGAUGGAGUUCGAAGAGCCGGCGUCGGAGAUCAUUGAGUCCGCGGACGACGACAUGGACAACACAUCGCUCAUGUUCAACGACAACAGCUUCGACGACUCCGUCAGCCCUGAGCAGCAGACUUCUGCCAUGAACCUCUUCGGACGGAAAAUGGUCAGUAUGAAGCGGCUCGGUAUGGGGCUGCGCACAAAUCGGGAUUGGUUCGUUGGGCUGUCUCGAUGCCCUGACUAUACCGGUGAUUCGGUUGGUUUGGAGCGCGUGCGAUCAAGGACUACGGUGACGACUGAGUCUCAUCUGACACAGGACGCCAGUGAAGGAGCUUUUGUCGAAAGGCCACAUUCGGCGAAGGCUCCAGCUUCACAGCUGCCUGUUGUCAAGCCAAAAUCUGUUGUUGUCUCCCAGAAGACUACGAAACGACAGAUGACUACUUCGAAGACAACGUCAACAUCAUCAUCGAAUCGCGACGCCACGGCGUCAAAGCCACGCAAGCCGGUCGCUCCGGUGGCAGCUCUACGCAAGACUCCGAACAAGCCAACCACUGUUGCCAAGUCGCUCCCGAAGCAGAACUUGGCUCCAGUUUCGUUGUCGAAGCGCAGAGUCAGCCGUGCGAACACGAAGAGGUCCGCAAGGAAGCCAGAUGCACGGGCAUCACGCAAGGCCAAGACUGUACUGAAGUCAGCCAUGCGCAAGCCCAACUCCCAGGCCGUCAAGAAGCACGUUUGCUACGUUGAGGGACCCAUCGCGCCACGCUUCUACGACGUAGAAGAGACCGUUAAGCAGUCCGCAACUGCAGUUGAUGGGUCCACAGCGUCAUUCCCCUGGGAGCCACUGACGGGCCUUCUCCACACUCAGCCACCCUCGCCAGGCAGAGGUGCAACUCAACUCUUUGAAGGCUCCGACAGUGGCGCUCUGACCAUCAAGCGACGCUUCCUCAACCGCUACGCCAGCGUCCAGCGGUACGAGGCGCGCCGCCGUGAAGAAGCGUUGGCUCGCAGCGAGCGACCAGCGCUGGGUCAGCUUGACUAUGGCAACGCAGACUUCAGGAUCGCCUUGCAGGCCUCCAAUGUCAUCACCGCGGAUGACGUUGGCAUGAUGCAGGAUCUGAGCAACAUCGGCAAGGCUGGCAAGUUGUGGUGCGGUAAUCGGGCGAUGGCAACACCCGUGCUGGUUUUCGGCAAGUUCAAGGAGCCGUUCCACAACGCGGCUAUCCCGGCAAAGGGUGUCAAGGCGUACAAGAAGCCUUUGCGAUGGCCCACCACUGGGGUUGAGGCCCGGCUAGAGAAGUUUGCGGACGAGCACCUGAAAUGUCUUCAGGCUGCUGAUUCGGUUAUCUGA